AGUUCCCCGAACAACUUUUUUUUUCCCUUUCUUUCUGCCGCCUCACGCGCAACGCGCACUCGCACGCGUGAACCUGGCCAUUGGAAGACUUGCUACGUUGGGCGAUUUCUGGAAGCCGAACAUCGUCUUCCAUCUUCAGAUGCAAACCGCCGUGAAGCCGCUUUCAGACCGAGAGCUGCAGCGACACAGAGAGCGGCAAUCGAAGCACAAGUAGAGGAGAGAAGUCUCGACCAAGAGAGGCGAAAAGGCGAAUAUUCUAUUCUCUCUUUUUUUAAAGUUCUAAACCCUUUUUUUUUACCCUAAAGAUCGGAGCUCUCUUUGCCCUGUCCUUAUCUCGACGAAAGCAUGUCCAUCGUGCGCUCCCCAACUAAUCCGAGCAAGAGGCGUUUCAGCAGUCCCACCGUGGACGGCACAAACGACGCAGAGCGGCAGCUGUGCGAUGCGGUGGACGCGACGCUGUCGGGCGUGACGCGCCUGCUGCAGCAGUCGGUGAAUGAGAACGCGAAGGUAAAGCUGCAAGGGACCGCGGCGUCCUUCCUGCGCGCCAACGGCAUUCGCCUGGCGCAGGAAAACGCAGACGAAAACGCAAUGGGCUGUGCAGUGGGGCGAGGCGCCAGCGGGGACAAGGAGGCGGUGCUGCGCACCGAGCUGGUGCAUUGCCGCGACCUCCUCCGCAAGGUAGACGGCGAGCGUCGCUAUGCGCGCAAGCAGUGGCUUCGUUUGCAGGCGGAACAAGAGCAGCGACGCACGGCGAUGGAGGCGAUGCACCGCUACUCCACCGCGUCCCAUCAACGCUCUUUAACGCUGGAGCAGCACGUGGCAGAGGAACGGCAGCGGCGGCGGCAGCUCGAAGAGCAGCUGGACACGCUGACGCAGGAGUUGAUGCAGCUGCGGCGGGUUCUGCGCGCGUUGCCGGGCGACCUCGUGACGUCGAUAAGCUCGCCACAGUCCCCCUCUUCCUCGUCGUUCCCCUCCACAACUCAUUCCCUUUCCACGGCGCAGCUGCUUGUUCCUGACCGCCGCUUCGAGGAGGCAUUUCGAGACAAGAUGAACAGCAUCGUGUACAAGCGUCGCUACCAGCGGGCCAGCGCGCUGCAUCAGGCAGCAAGUGAGCAACUCGAGGCAUUCAUGAUGGGGCAGCAGGACCUGCAGCACGUUCAUCUACGCGCGGCGUACGGUGAUGAGGGCCGGCUAGUUAGUGCAGGAGCCGUUGUUGAUGCAGCGGGCACCGCGUCCGUCGGGUUUGGAGACGACGUGACCGAUCCGCCGAAUGGAGCGGACUCGAGCAGCGCCGCAUCGCUGGCCAGCGCCGUCUUUUGGCAAUCUGCCCUCGACUUCCCCUUUCAGCUGCCCUUUAGCACCGCAACUCCGCAGGAUGCGUUGAUCAAGUCCCUCAUCUACCGCUCUCAGUUUGCAGAGCCGCUCACGCAGCUGCGGGAGCACACGCUGCGGCUCAGCACGCGCCUCAAGACGACGCAGGACACAGCACUGCGUACCUUGUACCUCACCUUCAAUCAGGCGCUACAAAAUCUUGGCGCGACGCCGGCGCGGGCGCAGUGCCGUUCACUUUACGAGAGACAGAUGAGCAAGAUGCAACGCGCGCACCGUGAGCUGCUCUACGGCCUCAUCGAGCAGGUCAACCACGCCACAAUGGAGAUUCCUGAGGCGGAGCGGCGCACCGGCGGGCUUUGUUUUUCCAUCACCGCGAGAGGCGGCGACGCACACGGCGUGCAACGUCGCGAUGCGGGGUGCACUGCGCACGAGUCCGUUAGCAUCGAGGAGUAUCGCUCGUCGCAGCUGAAGGAGCAGCUCACCAAGCUGAAGCUGCAGUCCUUGGAAACGGCCGCCGCGACGCUGAAAGAGACGGAGGCGACGGCGGCGCAGUGCACGGCGGCACGACAGGAGGCCGUGCAGGCUCUGCAGUCUCUCAAGAAGCUGACGGCGUGCAUCAUCGCUUCGGUGCGGGCGCAAAAAACGGCGGAUGAGGUCGUGUACGACCCGCUCGAGGACGUGACAGAGCCGCUCACGGAGGACGUGCUGGACGAUCCGCGGUUGGUGACGAAGAUGACGGAGGCGACGGACCUCACCCUCACGUACGUCCGUCAGCUUGCCCGCAACAGCAGUAGUAGCGCGGCAACAAGUAGGCUGCAGGCUAGCUCGCCACGUGUCCGCACCAACCUUGGCGCCUCUGUACGCUUGUCUUCGUCGUUGACGUUUGGCCGCGACUCCGACCGUGAGGGCACCUACGGCAACAUCAUCGACAUUCACCGUCGUGACGACGCCUUCUCCGAGGCAACGGAGGGGAAGGCCGGGCGCGGUGGUGCGGUGCUGCAAGGCAGCAAACGUAGCAACGAAAAGCGUGACGCCGUCGUACACGACCGUCGCAAGUCUGCUCCCUCCUCGCUGUCCAACACAGCGCGCCGCAUGCGCCGCAAGUCGGUUGCGACUGCCAACCGCCGACUAACGGUGCCGCAGCUUCCUGCAGUGCCGAGGACGCCAACCGCACCCACCGCGAAGAGGGGCACCCGCGGCCGACCCGAGCCGAUCGACGCCGCUGCGCUCCACACCCCGCCACUAGAGAUCCAAAAAGACUCGAUCAUCUCUUUUUCUUCCCCCAAUCAGCUGCAGGUUGUUUCAAGGGCGUUGAAAGAGACGGGCGGGAGGCUGGACGGUAGCUACCCCAACCCGACCGUCUCUAUCAUCGAGCUUGGCUUCAGCGAGAACAGCAUUCGCUUAAAUUAG